AUGACACCAAAGGCAGUCGAUGAAACAUCGUCGAAUAAGGAAGCUGAACAGAGACGAACGCCUUCCAGAGAAGCUUCAGAGGGUGUCGGCCCAUGGCCUGCAGCAUCCACAAUCACAUUGCAAAAUCAGAACGACUUCGAAACAUUUCCUGAAUUCCCACAACAAAACAUUGAUGCUGAAGUGAUGAGCAGUGCAACAAUGGAUGAUACAAUGUCGAUAACGACGAAUGCGUCUGACGAUGAUCAGCAAUUUGUUGUGUUCGAAACGCCUGAUGAUGACGUCUUUAAUAAUGCGACUGAUGUUGUUGUCGGUGAAGAAGCAACAGAAAUUGAUGAAUGUUUAAAAAGUGAGCAGCAACAUCAGGCGAUCCUCUCAAAACGCGUGAAUGUAUUGAGUGUUUUGCUUGAUAAUGUGAAUAUGACAAUUUUAUCGGUUAACAAGUCAACUAGUGUUGAAGGUUAUUCAUCAAAAGUGGAUUUAAAUGAAAGGAUGGAUCAAACAUGUGGCGAAGUGUUCAGUUGGAUAAACGCACAAACCAAUGCACAACAUUCGUCUGAAAUCACCCAUGCGAAUGGCUCUUACCAAAUGGCACAAGUGAAAUUUCGUUUUAUUUCAGAGGCGAAUAACGGCACACCUUCAUUGAAUGCUCAAGUACAAGGAGUGAACAUAAAAUUGAACGAGGAAAUCGUCUCACAUUUAUCGCCCUUCUUGUUCGAUGAGGAUAAAAUUGAAACGCCGUUGAACAUGAAAAUUAACGUGUCAGAAACGAAUAUUUUCAUUAAGGAUGCGAAAACUGCUUAUCCACUUCGAAUUAAACUGAACGAUUGUGUGAUUGAACAGGGCGAUGAAGAGAGUUGCUGUUGA